CAAGUUGGGUUAGGUUAGGUUUGGUUAACCUAACUCUUUGCUGUGAUAGAAGAGAUCCAAUUUCUUGAUCUCUCUUUCUUUUCUAACGAAUUUCAAAUAAAUUUAAGCUAUCAAAAAUUAAGUGUCCAAUAUGAAUUCCUAUUUAAUUGUUACCGCUGUUGUUGGAGUGGGGGUUCUAAUAUCAUAUGUAAAUUCCAAAAUAUUCAAAAGGACAAAUAAUGAAAUAUCAAAGAAUGUUGAAAAGGAAUAUGAGUUCAAAGAUAAGUCUGAGUAUCGAAUGAUGUUAGUGGUACGAAAUGAUCUUAAAAUGGGGAAAGGAAAAAUCGCUGCUCAAUGUUGUCAUGCCGCAGUUAUGUCUUAUGAGGCUAUGAUUAAGAAACGACCUUAUUUGUUGAAACCCUGGAUGAAAAAUGGUACAGCUAAAAUAGCAGUCAAAGUUGAAUCAGAAGAGGAAUUAUUGAGCUUAGAGAAAAAGGCAAAGGAACUGAAAAUUUUAACAAAAAUAGUUAGAGAUGCUGGACAUACCCAAGUUGCUCCUAUGAGUCGAACAGUAUUAUCACUUGGACCAGCUCCUAAAGUUGUAUUAGAUCAAGUCAGUGGACAUCUAAAAUUACUCUGAUUAGCAUCUUAUGUGAUUUGUGUAUUUAGUAAAACAAUUGAAAUUCUCCUUCAAGUAUUAUUCAUUAAAUUGGACCACAUGAUUUUUGAAAUAAAAAAACUAGAAAAAUUUCAUUUUCAAGUUUGCACAAAUCAUGCAAUUUUCACUGUGAAAAUAGACAUUCGAGUUCUAUUCCGGACGAUUGUCCCGAUCACCACAAAGACAAUCAAAGCUAUUUGCCCUUUCAAGAACAAAAUUUUCAGUACUUGUUAUUGAAGCUAUGUUGUUCGUCUUUUCCUUCACAUUUCGGCCGAAGAAUUCUACACUUAUUCAGAAAAUAAAAGGCUAAAUUUAUA